AUGCUGAUACUUCUGACAAUCUCCAAGUCCUCUCUCCUUCCUGAUACUUCUCUUCGUAGCGACUACACUGGUGCGGAUAUUACUCACUUGUCUCGCGUCUAUUCUUAUUUCUCUACCAAACUUUCGGCGUUUGACAAUCCCGAAUCAUGUCACGGAUUUGCCUACGAAGGUUUCGGUCAUAACGACAGUUCAGAAGAUUUUGGUUCAGCUCGUUCUACUAAAAGCAACGGACCUGAUGCGAAGUUCCUUGAAGAUGUUUGCGGGGACACUAGUACCAGUUUAUCCACAGAUCGUGCAGUCGCAGCAGAACUUCUCACCGACUGCGCUACAUCCGCCCUAGUGAUCGCGGUGGCUCAUCCCAAGCGGACUGAUUAA